AUGGAUCAGGAGAUGAAUGACAUCGGUUUAUCAUUGGCGUGGAGAAUUUGCAUGUUGUCUCCCUGUCUUCCUGAUUCAAGACCUCUGACUGUGACUGAUCGCCAGGGCAGAGAGAGGUCUGACUGAGGAGGUGGAGGAGACAGGAUGAUAAUGUAGUCAUAAGAACAUAAAACGUGUACUUACCAUGACUGUGAUGUGGUUGUCUCACCUAGCAUUCCUUAAGAUGAAUACAUUAACUGUGAGUUGCUCUGGAUAAGAGCGUCUGCUAAAUAACUAAAAUGUCAAACUGAAUAAGUCAUAAGAUCUUAAUAUCAUGGUGCCCAUCAGAACCAGGCAAGUAGCAGUGCUGAUCUAGGAUCAGAGUAGCACUGCUGGUCUAGAAUCAGUUAUCCCGUUUAGAUUAUAAUGAAUAAGAUUAUAUGGACAGGAAGGACCUGAUCCUAGAUCAGCACUACUGCGAGACACUUUGUUAAGAAGGGCUCAGAUCUCCUCUACUGUCACGCCCUGACCUAGAGAACUCUUGUUGGUUGGGUCAGGUUGUGAGUUUAGUUUGAGAUCUAUGUUAUUGUAUUUCUAUGUUGGAUCUAGUAUUUUUUUUUCUUCUUAUUAUUUUUUUUUUCUUGGGGGUAGAUCAGCUUAAUAUUGCAGAUAGAUUGUAACUUCCAUCAAUGUAAUUGUCUGCAUCACUUCCAAUCCCCCAUGUUUUUUUAUAUAUACAGUGAGGGAAAAAAAGUAUUUGAUCCCCUGCUGAUUUUGUACGUUUGCAGUCUAUAAUUUUAAUGGUAGGUUUAUUUGAACAGUGAGAGACAGAAUAACAACAAAACAAAUCCAGAAAAAGGCAUGUCAAAAAUGUUAUAAAUUGAUUUGCAUUUUAAUAAGGGAAAUAAGUAUUUGACCCCCUCUCAAUCAGAAAGAUUUCUGGCUCCCAGGUGUCUUUUAUACAGGUAACGAGCUGAGAUUAGGAGCACACAUAAAGGGAGUGCUCCCAAUCUCAGCUUGUUACCUGUAUAAAAGACACCUGUCCACAGAAGCAAUCAAUCAAUCAGAUUCCAAACUGUCCACCAUGGCCAAGACCAAAGAGCUCUCCAAGGAUGUCAGGGACAAGAUUGUAGACCUACACAAGGCUGGAAUGGGCUACAAGACCAUCGCCAAGCAGCUUGGUGAGAAGGUGACAACAGAUGGUGCGAUUAUUCCCAAAUGGAAGAAACACAAAAUAACUGUCAAUCUCCCUCGACCUGGAGCUCCAUGCAAGAUCUCACCUCGUGGAGUUGCAAUGAUCAUGAGAACGGUGAGGAAUCAGCCCAGAACUACACAGGAAGAUCUUGUCAAUGAUCUCAAGGCAGCUGGGACAAUAGUCACCAAGAAAACAAUUGGUAACACACUACGCCGUGAAGGACUGAAAUCCUACAGCGCCCGCAAGGUCCCCCUGCUCAAGAAAGCACAUAUACAGGCCCGUCUGAAGUUUGCCAAUGAACAUCUGAAUGAUUCAGAGGAUAACUGGGUGAAAGUGUUGUGGUCAGAUGAGACUAAAAUCGAGCUCUUUGGCAUCAACUCAACUCGCCGUGUUUGGAGGAGGAGGAAUGCUGCCUAUGACCCCAAGAACACCAUCCCCACCGUCAAACAUGGAGGUGGAAACAUUAUGCUUUGGGGGUGUUUUUCUGCUAAGGGGACAGGACAACUUCACCGCAUCAAAGGGACGAUGGACGGGGCAAUGUACGAAAAAUCUGUGGAGGGAGCUGAAGGUUCGAGUUGACAAACAUCAGCCUCGAAACCUUAAUGACUUGGAGAACAUCUGCAAAGAGGAGUGGAACAAAAUCCCUCCUGAGAUGUGUGCAAACCUGGUGGCCAACUACAAGAAACGUCUGCCCUCUGUGAUUGCCAACAAGGGUUUUGCCACCAAGUACUAAGUCAUGUUUUGCAGAGGGGUCAAAUACUUAUUUCCCUCAUUAAAAUGCAAAUCAAUUUUUAACAUUUUUGACAUGCUUUUUUCUGGAUUUUUUUGUUGUUAUUCUGUCUCUCACUGUUCAAAUAAACCUACCAUUAAAAUUAUAGACUGAUUAUGUCUUUGUCAGUGGGCAAACGUACAAAAUCAGCAGGGGAUCAAAUACUUUUUCCCCUCACUGUAUACUCCCCUUUAUUACUUUUCAACCCCGCCAUCCUUUCCCUACUUGGGGUAAAUUAGUGAACAACAAUGCUUAGGCCUCUACUUCCAGCUUAUACUUACUAUCUACAUUUUAUGGACACAGUCAAUUUUACAAUAAUUCUAUUUUAUUUGUUUUUGCUCCUGAACUUCUUCUACUCUCAACCUCUCCGAUCAUUUUUCAUGAUGUCCAUCCGGUUUGCUUCUAUAUGCCAUAUCUUUCUAACUGUGCUCUUUCCCAAAAGCUCCCAACAUACAACCUAUAUACUUAUUAUGGACACAGUAUGCUUACAUUAUUAGUUAUCUUGUUAUUAUUUGUUGUUAUUUGUUAUUAGUCCCAUCCUUCAACUCCAUUCAACACCUCCCAUCUAUCUCUUAACACCAUCCAUAUAGGAUUUCUAUUUGCCAUAUAUAUUUCAACUGUACUGUGAUGUUUUACAAAAGUUCUGAACCUUUCUAUUCUCAUUGCUUCUACAGAUUGUGAAUUGAAAAUAAACAUUUUUGCUAAAAGUAUUAUUGAUCGAUUGACUAUGAUUUUUCAGAUCACCCAGUAAUGCUAUCUGCAAGUUUAGCUCCAAGUAAAUAUUGCAAUCCUUUAGCCAUUCCUGGACCUGUGUCCAAAAACAAGCUACAAAUGGACAGAACCAAAACAAAUGAUCUAAUGAUUCUGUCUCUUCACAGCAAAAUCUGCAGAGCUGGGAAGAUUGUAUCUUCCAUAUAAAUAACAUUCUAUUGGUAGCAAGAAUUUUAUAUAAUAAUUUAAAUUGAAAGAUUCAAAUUUUUGAAUCCGGUGUCGUUUUGCGUGUCAGUUCAUAAACACUAUGCCAUGGGAUCGGUACGUCAAAAAUCUCUUCCCAACUAUUUUGCAAUCUAUAUGGGACGGCUGUCAAUCCUUUGGUCCUUAAAUGAAACUGAUAUACUUUUUUAUUUAUCACAGUUUUCCUUAACCAAUUAUGUUCUUUAAUGCAAGGCCGACAGACAAGUUCCUUACUUUCUCCCCCUUCCACUUUCCUCUUCCAUUUUUGCGGUAAGGCUGCAAUUAUUUGGUUGUAAUUUUGGGUAGAGCAGACAUUUCCAUAUGUUGUUGUUAGCUGCAUGUGCGACAUAACUCCACCAGUCCAACCGAUUAUAUCAUUUACGAAGAUUAUACAUUUUUUAAACAUUUUGUCAAAAAAUAAAGGUUUUUUGUCAAUUAGUAUAUUUGAAUUUAACCACAAUAUUUGUUGCAUUAUUUGUUCUGUCAUUUCUGGAGGAUUAAAUUGAAAUUGCAACCAACUUUCUAUGGCUUGUUUUAGAAAUAGUGAUAUUUGGGAGAUUAUUUCCUUUUCAAAUAACUGAAAAUGAGCGGUUGUAAUCUAAAUAAAGGGAAAAAGGCCAUUCUUGAACAUUGGGUGAGACAGUCUUACUAAUUUGCCUGAGAACCAGUUCGGAUUUAAGUAUAACUUUUGUAUGACUGAAGAUUUUAGUGAUAGGUCUAAUGCUUUAAUAUUUAAUAAUUUCUGUCCUCCGAAUUCAUAUUAAUUAAAUAAAUAGGCCCUUUAAAUUCUGUCUUGCUUGCCGUUCCAAAUAAAAUUGAAUAUUUUUUUCUCAUAUAAUUUAAAAAACAGUUCGCUAGGCGUAGGCAAGACCAUAAGCAAAUAGGUAAACUGGGAUAAUACUAAAGAGUUAAUCAGGGUGAUUUUUCCACAAAUUGACAGGUAUUUACCUUUCCAUGGUAGCAAGAUCUUUCAAUUAAAAUUUAUUGAAGUGAGAUCAUUUAUUUCCUUUGGGAUAUGUAUUCUGAGUAUAUCCACAUCACCAUCAGACCAUUUUAUUGGUAAACUACAUGGUAAUGUAAAAAUUGUAUUUUUUAGUGAUCCAAUACGUAAUAUAGUACAUUUGUCAUAAUUUGGUUGAAAUCCAGAGAGAUUAGAAAAUGUAUCUAGAUCCUCUAUGAGGCUGUGGAGGGAUUCUAGUUGUGGAUUUAAAAGAAAACAUGAAUCAUCAGCGUACAAUGACACCUUUGUUUUUAAGCCCUGGAUUUCUAAUCCUCUGAUAUUAUUGUUGGAUCUGAUUUUAAUAGCUAACAUCUCGAUGGCCACAAUAAGUAGCGUAGUGGGUAAGAGCGUUGUGCCAGUAACCGAAAGGUCUCUGGUUCUAAUCCCCGAGCCGACUAGGUGAAAAAUCUGUCGAUGUGCCCUUAAGCAAGGCACUUAACCCUAAGAGCGUCUGCUAAAUUACUAAAAUGUCAAUAGAAAUGCCGAUAGUGGACAACCUAGUUUCACGCCUCUUGACAGUUUAACACUUUCUGAGAAAUAGCCAUUAUUUACUAUUUUACACCUAGGGUUACUAUACAUGAUUUUGACCCAUUUUAUAAGAGAUUCUCCAAAAUUGAAAUGCUCCAGGCAUUUAUAUAUAAACCCCAGUCGUACUUUAUCAAAUGCCUUUUCGAAGUCUGCUAUGAAUAGCAGGCCUGGUUUCCCAUAUUUUCCAUAGUGUUCUAUUGUUUCCAAUACUUGCCUUAUAUUAUCUCCAAUGUAUCUUCCAUGUAAAAAACCUGUCUGAUUAGAAUGAAUAAUAUCCGACAAUACCUUUUUAAUUCUAUGCGCUAUACAUUUUGCUAGGAUUUUGAAGUGUAAGGGUGUACGGGGCCUCCAAUGUUUUUAAUGGACUGGAUCUUUAUAUUUUCCACUUGUAUCCUGUUUCAGUAAUAAUGAGAUCAGACCUUCUUCUUGAGUGUCAGAUAAUCUACCAUUUACAUAGGAGUGAUUAAAACAUGCUAAUAACGGUCCUCUUAGUAUAUCAAAAAAGGUUUGGUGUACCUCGACUGGUAUGCCAUACAACCCUGGAGUUUUCCCGGACUUAAAGUCUUUAAUUGCAUCCAGAAGUUCCUCUGUAAUUUCACCUUCACAUGAGUCUUUCUGUAUGGCUGUUAAUUUUACAUUAUCAAUAGAAAAAAAAUCUCUACAAUUAGCUUCAGUUAGAGGAGAUGGAGGCGACUGAAAAGAAAACAUAUGCUUAAAGUACCUUGUUUCCUCCUUCAAAAUAUCAUUUGGUGAAUCAUGGGUGACUCCGUCAAUUGUAACAUCUAAAAAUGUAAAAUGUAAAUGUAAAUGUAACCAAUUUCAUUAAAUUAUUUUUGGUAGCAUUCCUAUGUUGAAGAUUAAAAAAUAAUUUUGUGCAUUUUUCCCCAUAUUCCAUCCAGUUUGCUUUAUUUUUAUAAUAUAUUACACUUGAUCUUUCUUUAAUAAGUUUCUUUGUUGGAUCUAGUAUUUCUAUGUUUGGCCGGGUGUGAUUCCCAAUCAGAGGCAGCUGUCGCUCAUUGUCUCUGAUUGGGGAUCAUACUUAAGUAGCCUGGUUGCCUACCUUAGUUGUGGGAUCUUGUUUGUGUUCCUGUUAGGCUUGUUGUGAGUAUAGCCCAUAGGCCUUCACGUUACGUUGCGUUUGUUGUUUUGUCAAGUGUUUAUCUUCAUUAAUAUAUAUGUACGCAUACCACGCUGCACCUUGGUCUGACCCGUCCCUCAACGAUCGUGACAUCUACAGAUGAUUAGAAAGACUUGAUAAAACGGUGAAACUUUGGACAAAUAAUAUAAUUGAUUACACUGCAACAGUGAGUUCCUUAAGUGACCGUUCAGUAGCAGUAGCAGUUUGACCCUGGCUAGACAGGGGUGUCUGACCUCUCAUCUCUGUGCCCUCGUUGACCCUUGGAGGUCACAUUGAGGUGGCUGGUCAUGGUAGAGAGGAGAGGAGAGGAGGAAGGUAGUCAGACGGGAGGUGGAAGAGAGGGAUGCACACAAGCACAAACACACACACACACACACAUAUCGUUCAUGUAUAAUGCAUUAGAUACCCAGGCUGACGGUGUAUAGCCUAAAGUAGCAGUUCAUCCACAAUGAUGAUAUCAGAUUACCCAGCGUUUCCACAUGCAUACACACAGCAGGGGGAUUGUCACUGAACACAGCAGCCAUCAAUCCCAGACAAUUUGUCCCUUUCUUUUGGGUGAGUGGGUUUUUUGAGGGAAAGUAGGUGGGAUGGCGCUCUGCUUUGCGCAUUAGAGACAUAGGUUGCCUGGGGGGGGCGAUCUGCUCUACAAAUACUGGCUUUAUGGGCCUGGUUACAGAGCCAGAGUAACACUGAGAAGAGAACGCUCUCUCUCUCUUCUCUUCUUUUAUCUUCUCUCCUCUCGCUCUCUCCUCUCUAUCUUCUCUCUCCUUUCUUUCUCUUCUCUCUCUCUUCUCUCACUAUCUUCUCUCUCUUCUUUCUCUCUUCUCUUUCUAUAUUCUCUCUCCCUUCUAUCACUCUUCUCUCUCUCUCUCUCUCUGAGCUUGGCUGUCUUGUGGUAGUGGUAUCUAUCGUCUGUUUUUUAUUUAUCUCUCUCUGUCCCCCUCUUGCUAUCUCUCUCUCUAUCUGUCUGUAAUAUAUAUCUCCUCUCUCUCGCUUUGUCACACUCUCUCUUUUCUCCCUUCUCUCUGUAUCUACUCCAUUUCUUUGUUUCUCCCCUCUCGCUUCACUGAGUGUACAAAUCAUUAGGAACACCUUCCUAAUAUUGAGUUGCACCCCCUUUUUGUAAAUCCACUUCAAUCAGUGUAGAUGAAGGGGAGAAGACAUGUUAAAGAUGGAUGAGACAUGGGUUGUGUAUGUGUGCCAUUGAGAGGGUGAAUGCGCAAGACAAAAGAUUUCAGUGCCUUUGAACAGGGUACGGUAGUAGGUGCCAGGCGCACCGGUUUGAGUGUGUCAAGAACUGCAACGCUGCUGGGUUUCCCAUUCAUCCAACUUGACAUAACUGUGGGAAGUAUUGGAAUCAACAGCGGCCAGCAUCCUUGUGGAAUGCUUUGAACACCUUGUAGAGUCCAUGCCCCGAUGAAUUGAGGCUGUUCUGAGGGCAAAAGGGGGUGCAACUCAAUAUUAGGAAGGUGUUCCUAAUGUUUUGUACACUCAGUGUGCUUCCCUCCACUCUGUUUCACUGUAGAAGUCAGUCAGAGACUUUGAGUGGGUCCACUCGGCCGUGAGAGGAAAUGAUCACACACUUAUGAGAUCCUCUUCCUCUGUCACCCAUCUGCGUUUGGCUCUGAUUGGCUGCUCGUCCGUGAUAAGAAGCCACCGAGAGUCGACACCAUCCCAUCCUGACUUAAUGGUCUAUGGUAUCUCUGUCACUUUGUCUUUACAGAGAGAGAAAACAAGACAAGUUAAUAUCUGUUGACAAUGGAAGGAGAGAAGAGAAAGAGAAAAGAGGGGAAAAAUCUGAAUGGUAAAGCUGCUUAUCUCUAUGAAUCAGCUAGGAUUUGACAUCCACUCUCCUCCCCCCUCCACUCUCCUCCCCCUCCACUCUCCUCCCCCUCCACUCUCCUCCCCCCUCCACUCUCCUCCCCCCUCCACUCCAAGCCAUAGGAUGGAUAGAGAGAGAGAGCUGGCGAGGCGAAUGCGCGGCUUAGAAAAGCACAAUCUGCUACGGCUCUGGACGUGAAAAUGACCUACAUCCUGUGAGCCUGAGCAUGCCUGCCUCUCUGCCUGCUUUUCAAACAGGUAGUCGGCGGCUCAUUUGUAAGAGCGGCGAUGUGUGAAAGGAGGAGGAGGUAGUGGAGGCCGUCCUCAGAGAGAGGUCUGGGGAGAAAGGUUGAUGUACAUGCUGCUGGUAAACGGAGGGAUAAGUAGGAUGGACUGGGGAGCCUCCUUAUUGAAUACAAUACAUGUGUAAAUGUCAGAGUGUCUCUGUAUGAUUUACCACUGGGUGCUCAGUUCACAUACAGUACAGUCAAACACAUAUGUUAUAUGAUACCUGUGUGUGUGUGUGUGUGUGUGUAUGUGUGUGUGUGUGAAGGGGGUUUGCAUGUGGCCCAGGUAUCUCUGUGGUACUAAUUACCUCAAAUGAGGAAGCAGACUAUCUGAGAACUAAUAUUGGACGAUGCACGAUUUAGCAGAUGUUUAGUGCUGGUGUGUGUGUGUUUGCCUGGCGGUUUGGUUGUAAUUUAUGGAGGAGUUUUCCUUUUGCCAGAGAGGAAGUCAAGAGCUCUCAGAAAGUUUAAUUCCAGUAUACUGCUAGAGAAUGCAGAGAAUUAUGUGUUGAUUUAGGAGUAGGUGGAACUGGAACUCUCUUUAUUUUGUCUCUCUUCUCUCUCUUUUCUCUCUCUCUUCUUUCUCUCUCUCUCUUCUCUCUCUCUUCUCUCUCUCUAUCUUCUCUCUCUCUUCUUUCUCUCUUCUCUUUCUAUAUUCUCUCUCUCUUCUUCUCUCUCUUCUCUCUCUCUUCUCUCUCACUAUCUUCUCUCUCUCUCUUCUUUCUCUCUUCUCUUUCUAUAUUCUCUCUCUCUUCUAUCACUCUUCUCUCUCUCUCUCUCUCUGAGCUUGGCUGUCUUGUGGUAGUGGUAUCUAUCGUCUGUUUUUUAUUGAUCUCUCUCUGUCCCCCUCUUGCUAUCUCUCUCUCUAUCUGUCUGUAAUAUAUAUCUCCUCUCUCUCGCUUUGUCACACUCUCUCUUUUCUCCCUUCUUUCUGUAUCUACUCCAUUUCUUUGUUUCUCCCCUCUCGCUUCACUGGGUGUACAAAUCAUUAGGAACACCUUCCUAAUAUUGAGUUGCACCCCCUUUUUGUAAAUCCACUUCAAUCAGUGUAGAUGAAGGGGAGAAUACAUGUUAAAGAUGGAUGAGACAUGGGUUAUGUAUGUGUGCCAUUCAGAGGGUGAAUGUGCAAGACAAAAUAUUUCAGUGCCUUUGAACAGGGUACGGUAGUAGGUGCCAGGCGCACCGGUUUGAGUGUGUCAAGAACUGCAACGCUGCUGGGUUUCCCGUGUGUAUCAAGAAUGGUCUACCACCCAAAGGACAUUCAUCCAACUUGACAUACAGUGAGGGAAAAAAGUAUUUGAUCCCCUGCUGAUUUUGUACGUUUGCCCACUGACAAAGAAAUGAUCAGUCUAUAAUUUUAAUGGUAGGUUUAUUUGAACAGUGAGAGACAGAAUAACAACAAAAAAAUCCAGAAAAACGCAUGUCAAAAAUGUUAUUAAUUGAUUUGCAUUUUAAUGAGGGAAAUAAUUAUUUGACCCCUCUGCAAAACAUGACUUAGUACUUGGUGGCAAAACCCAGAGGUCAGAUGUUUCUUGUAGUUGGCCACCAGGUUUGCACACAUCUCAGGAGGGAUUUUGUCCCACUCCUCUUUGCAGAUCUUCUCCAAGUCAUUAAGGUUUCGAGGCUGAUGUUUGGCAACUCGAACAUUCAGCUCCCUCCACAGAUUUUCUAUGGGAUUAAGGUCUGGUCUGGAGACUGGCUAGGCCACUCCAGGACCUUAAUGUGCUUCUUCUUGAGCCACUCCUUUGUUGUGUUGGCCGUGUGUUUUGGGUCACUGUCAUGCUGGAAUACCCAUCCACGACCCAUUUUCAAUGCCCUGGCUGAGGGAAGGAGGUUCUCACCCGGUAUAUGGCCCUGUCCAUCGUCCCUUUGAUGCGGUGAAGUUGUCCUGUCCCCUUAGCAGAAAAACACCCCCAAAGCAUAAUGUUUCCACCUCCAUGUUUGACGGUGGGGAUGGUGUUCUUGGGGUCAUAGGCAGCAUUCCUCCUCCUCCAAACACAGUGAGUUGAGUUGAUGCCAAAGAGCUCGAUUUUGGUCUCAUCUGACCACAACACUUUCACCCAGUUCUCCUCUGAAUCAUUCAGAUGUUAAUUGGCAAACUUCAGACGGGCAUGUAUAUGUGCUUUCUUGAGCUGGGGGACCUUGCGGGCGCUGUAGGAUUUCAGUCCUUCACGGCGUAGUGUGUUACCAAUAGUUUUCUUGGUGACUAUGGUCCCAGCUGCCUUGAGAUCAUUGACAAGAUCAUCCCGUGUAGUUCUGGGCUGAUUCCUCACCGUUCUCAUGAUCAUUGCAACUCCACGAGGUGAGAUCUUGCAUGGAGCCCCAGGCUGAAGGAGAUUGACAGUUAUUUUGUGUUUCUUCCAUUUGCGAAUAAUCGCACCAACUGUUGUCACCUUCUCACCAAGCUGCUUGGCGAUGGUCUUGUAGCCCAUUCCAGCCUUGUGUAGGUCUACAAUCUUGUCCCUGACAUCCUUGGAGAGCUCUUUGGUCUUGGUCAUGGUGGAGAGAUUGAAAUCUGAUUGAUUGAUUGCUUCUGUGGACAGGUGUCUUUUAUACAGGUAACAAACUGAGAUUAGGAGCACUCCCUUUAAGAGUGUGCUCCUAAUCUCAGCUCGUUACCUGUAUAAAAGACACCUGGGAGCCAGAAAUCGUUCUCAUUGAGAGGGGGUCAAAUACUUAUUUCCCUCAUUAAAAUGUAAAUCAAUUUAGAACAUUUUUUACAUGCGUUUUUCUGGAUUUUUUUGUUGUUAUUCUGUCUCUCACUGUUCCAAUAAACCUACCAUUAAAAUUAUAGACUGAUCAUUUCUUUGUCAGUGGGCAAACGUACAAAAUCAGCAGGGGAUCAAAUACUUUUUUCCCUCACUGUAACUGUGGGAAGUAUUGGAAUCAACAGCGGCCAGCAUCCUUGUGGAACGCUUUCAACACCUUGUAGAGUCCAUGCCCCGAUGAAUUGAGGCUGUUCUAUGGGCAAAAGUGGGUGGCGGGGGGUCCAAGGUCCUGGCGGUUUGGUUGUAAUUUAUGGAGGAGUUUUCCUUUUGCCAGAGAGGAAGUCAAGAGCUCUCAGAAGUUUCAUUCCAGUAUACUGCUAGAGAAGGCAGAGAAUUAUGUGAUGAUUUAGGAGUAGGUGGAACUGGAACUUGUCCCUUACCACAGAUCCAGGGUCAGAUUAUUUUCCAUCCGCCUAAUGGUUAGGUUUAGGAUUGGGGUUACACUAAUUUGAUCCUAGAUCUGUGGUUUUGUCAGCCUUGUGUGUUGAUUUACAUCACACUAGCUAUCACUUCUUAAUCCAUGGGAUUGUCUGACUAGUGACUAUGUGUGUAAGUGAUUGUAUCGUAAUCCCAUACUUACAUAUCUCUACAUAUAUAUUCUCUCUCUCUCUCUCUCUCUCUCUCUCUCUCUCUCUCUCUCUCUCUCUCUCUCUCUCUCUCUCUCUCUCUCUCUCUCUCUCUCUCUCUCUCUCUCUCUUUCUUUCUCACAGUACCUGAAGACCUCUCCUUGGAAGAGAGAGAUGAGCUGUCAAACAUACGACGCAGGAAAAAAGAGCUACUGGAUGACAUUGAGGUGAGUCAAGAAAAUGAAAAUAAAUAUAAAGAUUUUAUAUUUUUAUAAAGAUAUCACUUGAUAUGAUAUGACAUUAUGUGGGUGGUUAAAAUGUUACUUUGACUCCAACGACUUACAUUGAGUCUGUUUAAGUUGAUUUAUAAUGCACUGCUAAAACAACUAUAGUUCAGUGGUGAAUUCAACCCAGCUAAUUCUCCCUCUAAUCCUCUUGGCAGCGGUUGAAGUUUGAGAUUGCGGAGGUGAUGACUGAGAUCGAGCAGCUAACCUGCGUGGGGGAGAGGUGAGUAACACCCCACCCCCCUCAUCAACACCCCUCUCCUCUUCUAGCUCGUCUCCUCUCCUCUCAAAUUCAUCCAGCCACACACCUGUCCCAGUGUGUGUUAAUAAUCCAUCUUUGUUUGUGGAGCUGAGCCGUCCCCUCGGCGAAAACAUUUGCUAAACGCCCCACAAACGCUCCUAUUCAGGGACUGAUAACUGAUUGGCUGUUCAGGGCUCAUUGGUGAAGAGGUGGAGAGAACGUGUGUUAGUGUGGAUUUAGCCUUUGUGUGUCUCAGGUGCAGCUGGGGAAUGGGUCAAGCUAUUUUGGGAACACAGGGAGUACACAGUAUACACACAUGCAAUAAUGCAAACACACAACACACACACAAAGAAAGAGGCAUAAGGUUUUCAUUAUUUUUUCAGUAAGUAGGUGCAACAAACUGCAAUCCAAAUGGAAAGAUAAGUCAAAGAUAAUUGUUUUAAGAGGAUUUAUACAUUCUCAUAUUCAUAGCUGACUCAGAACAAUAAUAACUGAAUCCACCUGAAUUUCUCCUGAACCCACCCCUAUGUAAACUAACAAUGUAAACUCACCACCACAAAUACUGUAGAAAAUACACAAACCUGACAGUUGACUUGGUGAACAAAUACAGGCGUCAGUUGUUGAUAAUGCCACACCUGUUCUAGAGAACUGAUGGAUCUCUCUGCUCUGUCCAAUCACAGUAAAACAACCCAAAGAAAUAAACAGAUCGCCAUGGGAAGGAAGAAGUUCAACAUGGACCCCAAAAAGGUUUGUCUAAAGUCCAUGCUAAAUACAUUUUUUACCUUUAUUUAACUAGGCAACUUCUUAUUUACAAUGACGGCCUACACCGGCCAAACCCGGAUGACGCUGGGCCAAUUGUGCGCUGCCCUAUGGGACUCCCAAUCACGGCCGGUUGUGAUACAGCCUGGAAUCGAACCAGGGGGUCUGUAGCGACGCCUCAAGCACUGAGAUGCAGUGCCUUAGACCACUGCGCCACUCAUGAGCCCUACUUGCACUGACGUUAAUCUGGUGUUAUUGACUUAUUUAUUGAAUGUUUUAUGAUACCUAUAAAAAUAGAUAUUAACUUAGAUGUGUACCUGUUAUGCCUCCUUUAACAAUGUAGAAAAGGUUAAACUAUAAGCCAUGGCCAUCCCAUCGAAUAUGUUAUCUGGUUGUGUUGUGUUAUCUGUAUAAAUUACUUAUAGUAACGCCUCCUAGCUCUUCUUCAGGUCAAUACAGAUAACCGUGUGUGUGUGUGUGUGUGUGUGUGUGUGUGUGUGUGUGUGUGUGUGUGUGUGUGUGUGUGUGUGUAGGUGUAGCUUGGAGUGCUAACCAAACUGUGUGUGUCUUCCAGGGGAUCCAGUUUCUGGGGUUGGAGAACGACCUUCUUCACACACUCCUGAGGAGUAUCCCAGUUCCUCUACAAAGGAGAGGGCCUCAACAAAACUGUCCUAGGGGACUACUUAGAGAGAGGUAACACACUGCUCUAAACCUCCUCUGUGUUUCAUCUCGCUCUCUCUCUCUCCUCUCAUCUUCUCUCUCCUCUCUCUCUCUCUUCUCUCUCUCUCUCCUCAUCGUCUCCUCUCUCUCUCUCUCUCCUCUCGCUCUCUCACUCCACUCCUCCCUCUCCAUCUUCCUCCUCUCUCACGUCUCGUCUCUCUCCCUCCUCUCGCUCUCUCCAUCUUUCGCCCCCUACCUCUCUUUCUCCCUCAUUCCCCAUCUCCUUGCUCCCUUCACCCAUCUCCCACUAACCUCUCUCUUUCCUACACUCUGUCCAUCUCUCAGUGAGAUUUCUCCCUUGUGCGUGUAUAAGCCCGGGCAUAAAGCCUCAGGAAAUGGAUUGUCUGGAUUUACGGAGCACCGCGGCGAUAGUAGACAGGGGGCCAUGCCAGUAAAACUGCCUGGCUACAUUUGUUUCUUAUCUCCGACAUGUGGGACACCUCGCAGGGAUGUGACUGUCAAAACAACCUGUGUAGCAACAGACAGAGCAGAGCAGUCUGGCUCUGUGGCUGGGAUAGAAAAGUCCUCUGAACACAGCAACAUAUUGUAUGUUAACAAGUUGGUUGUAUGCGAUUUUUGUAACACAAACAAAUAGCAAUUUAUUACUACCCACAGUGUUGUCCUAUUGUAUAAUGGUUUGAUAGUCAUAAUCUAGAGAGGGGGUGGAGGUGGGUUUAAAAAGGGCCUCUCCCCUAACAGACCUUUCAGUUACUAGAGGGAUUGAAAUAAACGUUGCUUAUAGUUCCAUUUUGGCAGUGCUAGACUGAUCUUGACUAACACUGAAUACCAGACAUUUCCUGACCUGAAUCUGAGAACCUGACAUACUGUACGUUCCUCAUCUCUGCCAGGGACGACUUCAACCUCAAGGUCUUGCAGGCGUUCGUAGACCUUCAUGAAUUUGCAGAUCUCAACCUCGUACAGGCUUUACGGUGAGCUGUCUCUGCAUAUUACUGUACCAAGAUUCCCAGCAGUUCAAUCACAUGUUUUAAAUAAUAUAGUAGUAUUUAUUAUUGAUCAUGUGCAGUCAAUAUGCUUUAUGAUGAUGUCCUGCUUUCAAGACACUUUUGGAGCCUUUCUCAUUGGUUUUCCUGUGUUCUCUCUGUCUCGCACGCUCUCUUGCUCUCUCUCUCCCUCUCUGUCUCUCUCUCACUUUCUCUCCUCACAUCUCUGUUUCUGUCUCUGUCUCUGUCUCUCCCUCACUCUCCCUCUCUCUCUCUCCCUUGCUCUGCCUCUCUCUCUCUCUCCCUCACUCUCUCUCUCACUCUCUCUCUCACUCUCUCUCGCUCUUUCUCUCUGCCGGUGUAGACAGUUUCUGUGGAGUUUCAGACUGCCUGGUGAGGCUCAGAAGAUCGAUCGUAUGAUGGAGGCCUUCGCCUCGCGGUACUGCUCCUGCAACCCCGGUGUCUUCCAAUCCACAGGUACACACACACACACUGGUCGUACUCUGUCGUAAAGGGGAGCGCUAGACCGCCCCUGCCUUAGAUCAAUGUGUCAGUCUCCCUGUCUCUCUACUUUAUAGCUCCACUCCAGAACUCUCUGGUCCUAAAACCAGUCUUUGUUGUAUAGUAAAUGUUUUACAUGCUAUACCUCUUUAGAUGGAAUGGAGUCGCUCUAUAAAACCUCUACAAUACCCAACCCAACCCUACAUUUACAUUUAUUUUUGUGGAAAAGCUGCUAUUACUAAUAAAAAAAUAAAAAAACCGUAUACUCACUUGACUCUCUGUCUCAUGACUUAAUGCAUCACUGGCCAUUGUUGCUGACAGACCGGCGGUUCAUUGUUGCUGUGUCAUCACUACUGGCAUGGCUCCUCUAAUAAUGACUUUGAUCACUGGUCAAUAACAGAGGGUCAUUAGUGACUAGUGAGGUAUGCUCUGGCCAUACGUUGUCUCUGUCCCCUCCAUCAUCUCUGUCCCCUACCAUCAUCUCUGUCCCUUACCAUCAUCUCUGUCCCCUACCAUCAUCUCUGUCCCCUACCAUCAUCUCUGUCCCCUACCAUCAUCAAUGUCCCCUACCAUCAUCAAUGUCCCCUACCAUCAUCAAUGUCCCCUACCAUCAUCUCUGUCCCCUACCAUCAUCUCUGUCCCCUACCAUCAUCAAUGUCCCCUACCAUCAUCUCUGUCCCCUACCAUCAUCAAUGUCCCCUACCAUCAUCUCUGUCCCCUACCAUCAUCUCUGUCCCCUACCAUCAUCUCUGUCCCCUACCAUCAUCUCUGUCCCCUACCAUCAUCAAUGUCCCCUACCAUCAUCUCUGUCCCCUACCAUCAUCAAUGUCCCCUACCAUCAUCAGUGUCCCCUACCAUCAUCUCUGUCCCCUACCAUCAUCUCUGUCCCCUACCAUCAUCUCUGUCCCCUACCAUCAUCAAUGUCCCCUACCAUCAUCAAUGUCCCCUACCAUCAUCAAUGUCCCCUACCAUCAUUUCUGUCCCCUACCAUCAUCUCUGUCCCCUACCAUCAUCAAUGUCCCCUACCAUCAUCUCUGUCCCCUACCAUCAUCAAUGUCCCCUACCAUCAUCUCUGUCCCCUACCAUCAUCUCUGUCCCCUACCAUCAUCAAUGUCCCCUACCAUCAUCUCUGUCCCCUACCAUCAUCAGUGUCCCCUACCAUCAUCAAUGUCCCCUACCAUCAUCUCUGUCCCCUACCAUCAUCAAUGUCCCCUACCAUCAUCUCUGUCCCCUACCAUCAUCUCUGUCCCCUACCAUCAUCUCUGCCCCCUACCAUCGUCAAUUUCCCGUUCUAUCCAAGGUCCUGCUCAGAAUUUUCAGAUAUAAAUAUAUUGUGUAGAAGAAAUAUAAUUGUGUCUGUCCAUAGGGGAUCAUGUCAGGUCUAUAUGUGUAAUUUCUAUCUGCAAUGUUCUGUCCCUCUCCCCUACAUCUCCUUAAACAACCAGAGGCCUGUUACAGAACAUUCAGAUAGAAAUGUAUUGUCUAGAACAUAUAUGAUAUUGUGUCUCAUGUACCACAGGGUACAUGCCAUGUCAGCUCAAUGUUAUAUCUGCAGUGUUGUGUCCCCUGUCCCAGUAACCAGUGGAGGGUUGAUGAAUGAUGUGUGGGCUUGGCCUCAUGAAUAUGGAUGUGUUGCAGUGGUGACACACGCAGACUUAGUUAUAGCUGCUUCUGCUGGGUCCCUCUGGGGACUGGUGCUCUGACACACACCGGGUUAAAAAGGCCAGGGGUUAUAGAACAGAGUGGGGUGGUGUGUGUGUGGCGGGGGUGGGGAUAGUGGGUGGUAGAGUAAUGACUGCAAAGUAAUAGCGGCAUGGGUGGGGAAGUGUUUGUGAGCACACACACUCACCGACCCCCCCCCCCCCACACACACAAUCCCUCCCUCCCACCCCCUCCUCCCACACACACUUAUCACCUCCUCUCUCUGCUGUCCUCCCCAGACACGUGUUAUGUCCUGUCCUUUGCCGUCAUCAUGUUGAACACCAGCCUACACAACCCCAACGUCAGAGACAAGCCACCCGUAGAGAGAUUCAUCUCCAUGAACAGAGGCAUCAACGAGGGAGGAGACCUACCAGAGGACCUACUCAGGGUGAGAGUGAAUGUUUGGUGUGUGGGGGGUUGGGUAUGGUUGAUGACUGUGUGUGUGUCUGUGUUUGUGUGUGUACUAUGUCAUGUAGAAGCUUUACUCUCUUCUAUCAAGGGUGAUACUGUAGCAAAAUGCUAGCUCAUCUAAUGUGCUCUUCUUUCAAGCCAGUAAUGCUAAUGAUGAACAUAUCAUCUAACAAGCUCAGAGAGAUAAUCACACAGCCUUCAGCUCAACCGCAGUUCAAAAGGGCACACACAUAACACUUCUUGCAGUUGGCUUGUUGUUCCUUUCUCUCCCAACAGUUCUCAAAGUUGUAACUCAGAUUGUCAAAUGUGUCCCAGUGUUUAGCAUCCAGUUUCAGACCCAACGAAUGAGCACAGCAUCCGACACUUUUCUUUUCUAAGAACUCCUUAAUAGAAUCUUGUUCCGUCAUGUUUUAUGCACUGUUGAUUUAGUGAUGGACCGGGAUGGCUGUUAGAAGAUGCAGGGGGAUGUUCAUUUGCAAGUGUUAUGAGCUGAACACUAUUGCUUUCCACCCCCUUUUCCCCAUCACCAUUACCCUCUCUCUCUCUCUCUCUCUCUCUCUCUCUCUCUCCUCUCUCCUCUCUCUCUCUCUCUCUCUCUCUCUCUCUCUCUCUCCUCUCUCUCUCUCUCUCUCUCUCUCUCUCUCACUCUCUCCUCUCUCUCUCUCUCUCUCUCUCUCUCUCUCUCUCUCUCUCUCACUCUCUCUAUCCCCCUCUUCCCCCCCUCUUUCCCAAUGCUUUUCCCCUCUCCCCUUCUCUCUCUCCCCACCACUCCCUCCUCAUCCCUCUCUCUCUCAUCUCCAGAAUCUCUAUGAGAGCAUUAAGAGUGAACCCUUUAAGAUCCCAGAGGAUGAUGGGAACGACCUGACUCACACGUUCUUCAACCCAGACAGAGAAGGAUGGCUGCUCAAACUGGGUUAG